AUGGCUGUCAAGCUACAGAAAACAAGAAUCCUGGCCAAGAGACUAGGAAACAAAAAUCUGAGCAAAGUUAGCCCUGGGGGACUCCUUCUGAUAAAGAUGGUGGUGGUGAUGGUUGUGAUGGUGGAAAGUCUUCACAUGCUUAGCCCAGACAACCUCUACAUCACCGAGGUGUUUGAGGUCUACCAGUUACCCUCAACCUGGUUUAGCCAGUCUAUCACAGGCAAUGGCCCUUCAGGAAUCUGUCUGUCCUAUCUGCUCUCUGGCUACACUCCGUAUGUGAAAGCUGAUGCUGUUCAUCCACAACCCCUCCUGCAGAAGAAGUUGACUGAGAAACCAGAUGUCUCUAUCCUGGACCAGGAUUUGGACUAUCUGUCAGAGGGCUUGGAGGGCAGAAGUCAAAGCCCUGUGGCUCUGCUCUUUGAUACUCUCCUGCGCCCAGACACAGAUUUUGGAGGAGAUAAUGAGUCUGUCCUCACCUGGGAACACCAAGCAGAGCGAACGAUCCCUCACCUGGUCCUGGGUCGCAACCUCCCUGGAGGUGCCUGGCAUUCUAUCGAAGGCUCCAUGGUGACCCUAAGUCAGGGCGAGUGGAUGGGACUCCCUGACCUGAAAUUUAAGGACUGGAUGAGGCUGAAGUGCAGAGGCCUUCGGGACAGUCGGGCCACGGCGGGGGACAUCGCCCGCUACUACCAGGACUACGUGGUGAAGAAAGGGCUCACUCACAACUUCUUCUGUGGCUCUGUCGUCACGGCCGUGGACACGGAGAGCCCAGAGUCGGGAGAACAAGACGGCGGCCCCCUGUUCCUGGUGAGCGGCUUCAUGACCACCAAGGACGGAAGCCAGCAGCCAUUCACUCUCCGGGCCCGCAACGUGGUCCUGGCCACGGGCACGUCGGACAGCCCGGCCCGGCUAGGCAUCCUGGGCGAGGAUCUUCCCUUCGUCCACUACGAGCUGUCUGCCUUGGAGGAGGCCAUGAAGGCCGGGGCCGUGACUCCCACCUCCGACCCCGUCCUCAUCAUCGGGGCUGGGCUGUCGGCUGCCGACGCCGUCCUGUUCGCUCGCCACUGCAACCUUCCCGUGAUCCACGCGUUCCGCAGGCCUGUGGAUGACCCCGACCUCAUCUUCAACCAGCUGCCCAAGAAGAUGUACCCCGAGUACCAGAAGGUGCACCGGAUGAUGCAGGAGAAAUCCAUCCUCUCUUCUACCGCCUUCAGAGGCUACCUGAGCCUGCCCAGACACCGGCCUCUCCUCUUCCAGGAGGACCACCAAGCUGUGUUCCAGGACCAAAACGGGGAGCACAAGCGGUUCAGGGUGUCCCUCGUGCUGGUCCUCAUCGGCUCCUACCCCGACCUCUCCUUCCUGGCCCACGGCGGCGCCGACCUGACUGUAGACCCAGACCAACCGCUCAGCCCCAAGAGGAAUCCCAUCGAGGUGGACCCCUUCACCUACCAGAGCACGCGGCAGAAGGGCCUCUACGCCAUGGGGCCUCUGGUGGGAGACAAUUUUGUGAGAUUCGUACAGGGAGGAGCAUUGGCGGUGGCCAGCUCUCUGCUGAAAGAGAAUAGGAAACCCCCCUAGGGCUUCCCCUGCCCACCCCACAUGCCCCCAACCUCACAGUCCCAGCUCAGACAAGGAAGGAGACCAGCUCAGUCCUGCCUGGUAAGGUCCAACCUGGGCCUCCCCUCCAGGGAUGUCUCCCUGCAGUGAGACAAUGUGUAUAUAAAGGGGGGAUGGGAAGGGUGGUGAUUCCGAAGACCAGUUCCUGGUUAACACCCCAAGGCGUCAAGGCCGCCCGAAGGUCAGGACCAUUCCCUGGGACGAGUACAACGUGGGUCUGGCUGGACCAGGGUCUGAGAAGUGUACUUAGUGCUGACCGGCUCAAAGGCUUCUGAACCCAAACUGGAGAUUUGCAGGUAUCUAUCGAGGCCCCUAAGGUGGGCCAACGAGCCACGAUGAAGACUGGACUCAGCCCCAGGAGGUUACCUGCCUCCACCUUCCCCAGGAAAACUAUACCUUGAAUAAACCAAAUGGCUCCAAAGUA